AUGGGUAGCCAAAUUCUAAUACUUCUCUUGCUCUGUCUCCUCUUUUUAAUUUCCUCUGUUUCCUUAUCUGCAUAUGCUUUGUGCCAAAAUGAUGAACGUCUUGCCCUACUCCAUUUCAAACAGUCCUUUAAAAUAGAUACCAAUCCAAUAGAUUAUUGUGUCCAGAGUUCCAUUCAGCAGAAUUCCUAUGAAAGUGUCCAGAAUUCCUAUCCAAAAACCACUUCUUGGAAUAGUAGCACCGAUUGCUGCUUGUGGGAUGGAGUUACAUGUGACGAGUCCACAGGCCAAGUGAUUGAGCUUGAUCUCAGUUGCAGUCGACUUCGAGGAACAAUUGAUUCCAAUAGCUCUCUCUUUCACCUCUCUCAUCUACAAAAGUUAAAUCUUGCAGGGAAUCAAUUCUAUGGGUCAUUGAUUUCACAUAAAUUUGGAGACUUUUCUUAUCUCACACAUCUCAACCUUUCAAGCUCAAGAUUGUCAGGUCAAAUUCCUUUAAAAAUCUUACAUCUUCCCAACUUAAUUUCUCUUGAUCUAGGUGACUCUUUCUACGACUACUCUGCUUUAGAAAUUGAAAAUGAUGAUUUCAUGUUUCUCCUUCAAAAUGCAACACAGUUAAGGGAAAUAGUUCUGGAUGGAAUACCGAUCCAUUCAACUAUACCACAUAAUGUCUCUUCUUCCAUAACAACGUUGAGUCUUUCUUACACAGAAUUAAAAGGAAGUUUGCCCUCAACCAUCUUUCACCUCCCAAAUUUGAAAAAACUUUUUUUAAAAGGCAACCAGAAUCUCACAAUUCGCUUUCCAAGCAUCAGAUGGAACAGUAGUUUGUCUCUCUCAUAUUUGGAUCUCGGCUAUACUAGAUGUCCUCCACACAUUAUUGAAUCUCUUAGGAAUCUUAGCAGAGUCAAGUUUUUGGGAUUAGCAAACUGUGGAUUAAGGGGUAAUGUUUCAGAGACUAUUUUAGAUCUUGAGCAACUCAUAUCAUUAAAUCUUCGUGAUAACAAUUUGGAAGGUGGCUUUGCUGAUUUGUUUAUAAAGCUCUGGAGGUUGAAAAAGUUAUUUCUUUCUGAUAACAGCAUCACUGCCCAAUUUCCGUCUUCCAUCACAAACAUUACUCAUCUGGAGGCCUUAGAUCUCUCAAACAAUUCACUCUGUGGAACAGUACCCUCUUUGGCUUUUUAA